AUGUCCUCUGGCAACCGAGUAACCCUCAGCUCUGGACAAGAGAUCCCGACCCUUGGAUAUGGCACUUGGCAGUCUUCCCCUGGAGAAGUAUCUACCGGAGUAUACGAAGCCCUGAAAGCUGGAUAUCGUCAUCUUGACCUUGCAAAAAUUUACGAAAAUCAGGUAGAAGUUGCCCAGGGCAUCAAAAAGGCCCUGGCGGAAGUCGCAGGACUCAAGAGAGAGCAUAUUUUCAUCGUGAGUGUGCUGUGUUCAAUCUGUGAAAACCAUUUACUGAUUGGUAUAGACCUCGAAGCUAUGGAACAAGUAUCGGACGUUGAAAAGACCCUUGACAAGACUCUGGAAGAGCUUGAGCUUGAUUAUCUUGAUCUUUAUCUCAUUCACUGGCCAGUUGCCUUCCAGAAGACGAGCGACAACCAGCUUUCGCCUAUAGACAAAAACGGCAAGGAGGUCGCUAUUGACAACAGCGUCCGUCUUGUUGGUACAUGGAAAGGUCUGUCCAUGAUCAACCUGCCCAAAAGCAAGGUUCGCGCGAUUGGGGUAUCAAACUUCACACUCGAGCAUAUCGAUGGCAUUGUGGAGGCUACAGGCGUAACCCCCGUUGUGAAUCAAGUUGAACGCCACCCCUUGCUUCAGCAGAAUGAAACCCUGGUGAAGUACGCCAAGGAAAAGAACAUUCACAUCACUGCCUACUCAGCUUUCGGAAACAAUAACGUUGGUGCACCGCUCCUUCUGGAGCACCCUUCUAUCAAGCAAAUUGCCAAUGAGCUAUCAGCGACCCCUGCCCAAGUCCUUCUCGCCUGGGCUCAAACGGGCGGACAUAGCGUGAUUCCCAAAUCUGUUACGCCCUCUCGCAUCCGGUCGAAUUUCCAAGAAAUUAAACUCCCAGACAGUCAUGUCGCAACAAUCAAUGCCAUCGGAAACCAGCCUCGCCGUUACAACAUUCCCACUCAAUUUGUUCCGCCAUGGAAUAUCAACAUUUGGGACGAAGAGUUGGAGAAGGCAGCUGCCAAUUCAGUGCUUGUCUAA